ACAAACAAAAUGAACAGGAUGUUUCGUCUUAAAUCACUUUCUGCCUUGGCAGAACUAGCCCUGGGCUCCCGAUGGUACCAUGGAGGAUCACAGCCCACCCAGAUCAGGCGGCGACUAAUGGUGGUGGCUUUCUUGGGAGCAUCUGCAGCAACUGCAAGUACUGGUCUUUUGUGGAAGAGAACUCUUGCAGAAUCUCCACCAUCUGUAAACAACAUAAAGAGUGAACCUGGUGAUAAAGGGAAGAAUAAAAAUGAAGGGGAAGUUUUUAACCAUGAAAAAAAGGCUGAAGAUAUUUGUCCUGAGACUUAUGUAGAAGAGAAAAAGAAGAAACGUUCUGGAUUCAGAGACAGAAAAGUAAUGGAGUAUGAGAAUAGGAUUAGAGCAUAUUCUACACCAGACAAAAUCUUCCGGUAUUUUGCGACCUUGAAAGUAAUCAGUGAGCAUGGUGAAUCUGAAGUAUUUAUGACUCCACAAGAUUUUGUGCGAUCUAUAACACCCAAUGAAAAACAACCAGAACACUUGGGCCUGGAUCAAUAUAUAAUAAAACGCUUUGAUGGAAAGGCUGAAUUCUCCAAAAAGAGAAAGAAUAUAUUACACAGGGUCAGAAAGAAAAGUAAAUGGUCAAUUUUAAAGAGGAAGAAGAAAGAAGAAAGAGCCAGAAAUGGUUCUACAAAACCUAAAGAGAAGGAGAUCAGAAGGAAAAUCAUGAAGUGGCUGAAAAAGAAAAUUGCCCAGGAACGAGAAAAAUUUGCUGAUGAAGGCAGUAUAUUUUACACCCUUGGAGAAUGUGGACUCAUAUCUUUUUCAGAUUAUAUUUUCCUUACAACUGUUCUUUCUACUCCUCAGAGAAAUUUUGAAAUUGCCUUCAAGAUGUUCGACUUGAAUGGAGAUGGAGAAGUAGACAUGGAGGAGUUUGAACAGGUUCAGAGCAUCAUCCGCUCCCAAACCAGUAUGGGUAUGCGUCACAGAGAUCGUGCUACAACUGGUAACACCCUCAAGUCUGGCUUGUGUUCAGCCCUCACAACCUACUUUUUUGGAGCUGAUCUCAAAGGGAAGCUGACAAUCAAAAACUUCCUUGAAUUUCAGCGUAAACUUCAGCAUGAUGUUCUGAGGCUAGAGUUUGAACGUAACGACCCUGUGGACGGGAGAAUUACUGAGAGGCAGUUUGGUGGCAUGCUGCUGGCCUACAGUGGGGUGCAGUCCAAGAAGUUGAUUGCCAUGCAGAAGCAGCUCAAGAAGCACUUCAAAGAGGGAAAGGGUCUGACAUUUCAGGAAGUGGAGAACUUCUUUACUUUCCUAAAGAAUAUUAAUGAUGUAGACACUGCACUGAGCUUUUACCAUAUGGCUGGGGCAUCUCUUGAUAAAGUGACCAUGCAACAGGUGGCCAGGACAGUGGCCAAAGUGGAACUCUCAGACCACGUGUGUGAUGUGGUGUUCGCGCUCUUUGACUGCGAUGGCAAUGGGGAGCUGAGCAAUAAGGAAUUUGUUUCCAUCAUGAAGCAACGGCUGAUGAGAGGCCUGGAGAAGCCCAAAGACAUGGGCUUCACCCGCCUCAUGCAGGCCAUGUGGAAAUGUGCACAGGAAACUGCCUGGGACUUCGCUUUGCCCAAGCAGUAAGCCAGAACAGCAAGAGUGGCCACCUCCUUCACCCCACCCCCGUCCCUUGAGCGGAGCCCUGGGCCAGCCCUGCCUGCUGCUGCUUCCGGAAGUAGUGCUCCCUUCCUUUUGGGAAUGAUCUCAGGAUUCAUCCAGCUUCCCCUCUCCGUCAUUCCCCUGACCCAGUCUUCUGCUCGGCUCUGAUUCUGCCCAGUGAUCAACCCCAUAGGUUCUCAAAAACAUGAAUAAGUCCAAAACACUCAGUCUUUUGGCACCUUCAACAACACUACCAUUCAAGUACCCUGUGGAUCUAAAGAAUUGCAGGGACAUUCACAGAUACCGCCAACCCUGGGAAACACCAAGUUCUCGAGUCAUUUUUGCUGUGGAUUUAUAUUAAGACCAUUCCUUGCUUUUUCUCCUGCUGGUGCUUUUAAGCUACACAUUGGGAAAACCUCUGGCAGGCAAAAGGAAGUCUGUGAUGAAUGAUAGUGAGCAUGACUGGGCCACCCUGAGCUGGCAGGAAACCGGGGCCAGAAGAUGGGUCUGUGUCGGCCCCCAGCCUGGCUCUGGGGCCUGCUCCGGAAGGUGAUGUGCACAGAGGGAAUGGAGCAAGAUUCGGAGUUUAAAGCAGCUGCUUACUGGCUCUCUCCACUCCCUUCUUUUGCUCUCAGGCUCCCUAGGGAGACUCCACCCCAAGUCUGUGCUUUAAGCAGUGACUGAGUUCAUAUCCCUUGCAAGUGCCCUUUCCCUCCAGGAUGUGCCUCUGGGCUCAGGCCUGCUCAGGGCCGUCUGCCCUCUGUCUUUAACACUUGUAAUAUAUCACUUUAAUUAUAACAGUUCGCAAUAACCCCCCAAAGGCUGUUGUCUCCUUUAUUUUAGGAUCCUCUGGGGCCCUUUUCAUUUUAUUCCUCCACUGGGUUUAAGAUCCUGCUGGCAGCAGACUUGUUUUCUUUCCACCAGAGUCUAGUUCUUCCUGUAGAAAGGCAACUUUAGCACAAACAAGAAGUCAGGGCAUUUGGAGGUUACUGGUGGUGUUAGCAGUGAACACGGCACCAGGUGUUAGACCUCGGUUCAGCAGCCUCGGUACUUGGGUUCUAGCUGAGAAAGAAUUCAGAGCCAA